CCCGCUCUGCUGGCUACAAAUGAUUGUUAUUAUUUCGAGUCGUAAGGAAACACUUUAAGCUAAAUAAUCAAAACAAUUGGUAAAUUGCGAUUAUUUACACGAAUCCCGACACGAAUGGCCGGCCAAACAAAAUAGGGUCAAUCGCAAUUGAACCACAAAUCAUAGAAAUGGCAAACAUUUCAUAGAUGUUCGCAAGAUUAUCGCAUUAGCAGAAGUAAGAGUGAGCUGGAAUCAACAAUGAAAGUAACAAUGAAAAUAUUGACAAGCUUGGCUUUUGUACUGCUGGUUAUGGCAAGGAGCGGCAUGUGUUUGGCUCCCUAUUACAUGGAAUAUUAUGCAAAUUAUCAUGACUUCCACAAUGAUGAUAAGCUAAAUUACAAAUACCAUUACUACAUAGAUCACGCUCCCUCCAAGGUCCACAUGAUGCACAUGGAAGAGCGACAUGGUGACAAAGUUACCGGCCAAUAUGGCCUUCUGGAACCCAAUGGCAUGGUGCGCAGUGUCCACUAUCAGGUGGUGGGUGAUAAUGGCUUUGAAAGUGUCGUAAGAACUCGUACCCCACACAGCUCGAGCCACAUACGAUUGAUGAGUCACAAGCAGCCAUUGCAGCCGAUACUGCUGCAACAGCCGGUAGCAUCUGUCAUUUAAAAUUUGUUUAUAUAUUUUAUUUAUACUUUAAUGAGUUUAUUUAAUAAUUUUUGAAUUAUUGU